GUGAUGAGGCAUUGGCCUUCCGUUCCCUUUGGUCAUGCUGGUUAGCAGUUGAGAUGACCAUAAGAAUGGCCUGUUGUCAGACUGGUGCAGGCAGAUUCGAGUUUAUGCGACUCGGUCAUCGAAAUGCUUAGUUCAACGGCCCAGAAACCAAUCACCAUCAAGAGUACUGUUGUAGAGUUGUGGGUUUGUGUGAUUCAUAUCUCACACGUUGUCAAAUGGACGGCGUCUCCCUCAGCCCUGUGGGACCAGGUUGUUUUGAUUUUGAAGGACAAAUUUCCCCAGGAGUCGAUAUCGCGAGGAGAAGAAAUUUGGAAGGCAGUAUUCCUGCUGAGCGCUCUUUCCCAGAUGGGAGCCACCGGAAAUAUCAAUAAUGAACCGCUCAUGAAAGAUUCAUGGGAGGUUGUUGCGGAAGCUUGUGGCUGGUUAGAUACGGAACGCCGGCCCGACGUCGGAGAUGAUAAACUCGUUGAUAAAAAGUCGCGAUAUCUUUUCAGGCGAUGUGUGGUGCUUGCAUCACAAUGGGGUUGGGACCUCCGCUUAUCGUCACCCACCCUGGGCAUGUUGCGCAAAAUAUUCCUCCUCCGAAAUUAUGCGAACCUUCAUAACGAAGAGCCCAAUUUUCCGCUGUUCAUUACCGAUUGGGUGUUCUUGCCGCAGGAAAUUAGUUAUGACAGGGACGACAAAUCUUUUGACAUCUAUUUGCGCCUAAUUAUUUGGACGGCUCUCGCCAUACAUCGAGCUCUGCCGCAAGAAAUUGCAAACAAACAGAUUCGAAAGUUGAUUAGCAGCUUUCCAAGGGGUACGGUUCAGUUCAUCAACCCCAGUGCACCCACAAACUACGAACUAUCCCAAUUAUACAACCGCCUCACAUCCACUAUUGUCGCGUUCCUCCUUGAACCCACACCUUAUACACUCAAGUCCCGCAUCCGGCAAGCACGCCAAUUCACCGAUUUCCAGGCGGGUGACAUCCAGUCCCGACACGCACUCAUUCGUGCUAUGAUGUAUUUCACCGUGGCAUCGGUGAAGCAAGGCAUGGGAUGUUCCGAAGGACUGGAAUGGUUUUCCUCGAUCACUUGUUGCUUAAUAACUGAAUUUAGAGCAUUGCGAGAUCGAUGCCAGAUUGAGACUAUGGAUAUAGCCCUGCAGAAGGCUCAGUUACAGAACAGCAAUCUUCUUCGCAUGGCAUUCCGCGCGAUGGUAACUGUUCUUGAGCAUUCACAAUCAACUAACAAUCAUGAGGCUGCAAUCCCUUAUCCAGAUCCAGAAUUUUUAAGGAUCAAGUGUCUCGUCGACGCUUUGCGAUGUGUGUGGGAGAGUCAUGAUGCUACGACCGAAUUUGGUCCAGAUGUGGGGCACUAUAUCUGGUCUUUCCUCCAGGCCCGCGCAGGCGCGAUUCCGUCACUUCCACGUCUGGUUUCCGCAUCUCCAGAUGGAAGUCAGGAUGAGUUAUUUGACUCCUUGGACACUGAGCUUUUAGAAAACGAGGAGUUCAAUGCAGCAAUCAACGGUGAUGAAUCAAUCCCGACUCCUUAUACCAAUCUGGAAUCCCAAGUUGCGAAGGUACUCCCCCUCCCACGAGUCUCUAAUAUCGCACUGAUUUUUGAUGGCGGGAAGAUCAUACAGGAAGAUCUAGCUCAGAACAUACAUCUUAUUCUCAAGCACGCAACAGCUGAAAUAAAUGUCAUUGGGCUCUUCGAUAUAUGGGCAGAUUGUUGGGUUGGAUUUGCUGCUAUAUUGAUAAAGAAUGGGCUACGGAAAUGGCAUGACUAUAUUCCUCAGUAUGCGCCGGACUCAUGGCGACGAUUUUCCGACCCCGUUGUCAGUCGUUAUGCUGGGAUGCGGUUUCUUAUCGAAACCUUGGAGUUGAGCCCAAAAAUAUACGAGAGGAAUUCCUUGAAGUUUGGUUUGAAUGCUUGCCCUGUUGCCGCAUCACAAUACAACCUCGCUUCACUGCCAGCCUGUUCAGCAUUGCUGGACAUCGACAUUUCUUAUUAGAGGGCGUCAACAAUCAGCAUGAGAACAUUGCUAAGAUGCCUGCAUCGGAUUUUGCAGCACGACGAUCUCACUGGAUAUUCACCAUCAUACAAAGCUUGCGGAGAAGACAGGAAACAGAAGACACUCCCGCAAU